UUUUCUUUAAGAUGUCUGAGACAACUUUAAGCUAUAACGAUAGCUAUGAAUAUUCUUUUUCCACGGAGAGUCCUGAAGAGUACUGCCAAGCUCUGUACAUACCAUAUAUGGGCAUUUUCCUUCCUAUUCUGUAUGCCACUGUGUUCCUGGUGGGAAUCGUUGGCAAUGCCAUCCUGAUGGGAGCCCUGGUCUUCAAAUUUCGAGUCCGCAGGCUGAUCGACAUCUUUAUCCUCAACUUAGCUGCCUCUGACUUUGUUUUCCUCCUCACAUUGCCACUCUGGGUGCACAAGGAGAUCUGGCUGGGGGUCUGGAGGUCAGGCUCCUUUCUCUGCAAGGGCAGUUCGUACAUCAUCUCAGUCAACAUGUAUUGCAGUAUCUUCCUCCUCACUUGCAUGAGUGCUGACCGGUACCUGGCCAUCAUGCACCCCUCUGUAGCCAGGAAAGUCAGAACAAGAUUCUACACUAAUGGACUUUGCAUCUGUGUCUGGAUCCUCUCCUGCCUCCUAGGGCUUCCCACACUUCUGUCCAGAGAACUGAGGCAAUAUAAUGGCCAGGCUUACUGCAUAGAUGUGGACCUCACACCCGCUAAACGGAUUGUGUCACUGGUAACGUUAAUUCUGGCCUUCUUUUUCCCCUUGCUGAGCAUCUUGACCUUUUACUGCUCCAUCACCAAGAAGCUCUGCAUGCAUUACCAGAAAUCUGGGAAACAUGACAAAAAGCUGAGGAAAUCUAUCAAGAUUGUCUUCAUUGUAGUGGCUGCCUUUGUUUUCUCCUGGAUUCCGUACAACAUUUUCAAGCUUCUGGCUAUCAUCUCUGGGCUCCAGGACCUGAAGCCACCUUUCUGCCUUCCUUAUGUCCUUGCCCAGGCGGGCAUGGAAGUGAGCAGCCCCUUUGCAUUUGCCAACAGUUGUGCCAACCCUUUCAUCUACUACUGCUUUGAUGGCUAUAUCCACAGGAACAUCUUGCGGUGCCUGCGUCCAUGGGUGAAGGGCCAUAGCACUGGGAGCAGUUCUGACAGCUUGAACACUCGCAUCAGCCAUUCCAUGUCCACUUUUAUUCAUGGGGAGGAUACCAUUAGGAAACGGAGGCGCUCUCUGUCACUCUGAGAGGAGCGGGUACUUUGGAAGGAGACAUUUCUUCCAAUGAAGAGACCCACACAGACCGAGAAUGAACCCUAGUAUUCUCUAUUUUCAAACCUACAACGGUUGAAAACAGGCAAAGCUUCCCUUCAGAUUCUAAUCCCAUCACAUCAGAAAUUCCUUGAGAGCACCACAUCUCUUAUCUAAACAAGCCUUCAACCUCACUGCAGGACUCUCCCAAGACAAGGAACAAAUGAAGAAGCAUGAAAACAGUAGACCAGACCAGAUUUCUCAACAAUA